UCGUUCAUUCACAUCCCUAUUCCCUCCCACUUGCUUCAUUUCCUUUGUUUAUUAGGGAAUUCAUGUGUCCCUCUGCAAUGGCACUAACUAACGAUGAUGAGUUCCAGAAAGGAGUGAAGCAUCUUUUCGAAAAUGGAGUUAGCAAACUUCCCAACAAGUACAUAUUGCCAGUUUCGGAUCGACCCAAAGUAGAUAAAGAGCAUCCAAAUGCAACUAAGUCUAGUCUUAAACUGCCUGUAAUCGAUUUUGCUGAAUUACAAGGCCCGAAUCGGUCCGAAGUCCUCAACUCCCUCUCCUCCGCUUGCGAAGAAUAUGGAUUCUUUCAGGUGGUGAAUCACGGUAUCCCCAUUGAAGCUAUAAGAAGCAUGAUCGAUGUGAGUACCAGGUUCUUCGGUCUCCCGUACGAGGAAAGAGCAAAGUACAUGUCAUCCGACAUGACCUCGCCUGUUCGAUAUGGGACUAGCUUAAACCAGAGAAAAGAUUCAGUGUUCUGUUGGAGAGAUUUCUUAAAGCUUGUCUGCCAUCCAUUGUCGGAUGUUCUCCCUCAUUGGCCAUCCUGUCCCAUGGACUUCAGGGAAGUGGCGGCUACCUACGCAAGAGAAACCAAGUGGUUGUUUAUAAGGAUCACGGAGGCCAUCCUGGAGAGCCUGGGCCUGUGGGGUGCCACCACUGAGGAAAAGACAGAAGAAGAUGAUGAAAUACUAAAGCAGUUCCAUGAUGGAAGCCAGCUAAUGGUGGUUAACUGUUUCCCUCCCUGCCCUGAACCUGACCUCACCUUAGGAAUGCCACCACACUCGGAUUACGGUUUCUUGACCCUUCUUCUCCAGGAUGAAGUCGAGGGUUUACAAAUCCAAUACAAAGGCAAAUGGAUCACUGUUGAACCUAUGCCCAAUUCCUUCGUGGUUAACGUCGGUGAUCACCUUGAGAUAUUUAGCAACGGAAGAUACAAAAGUGUGCUGCACAGAGUAUUUGUGAACCCAGCAAAGCCACGACUAUCGGUGGCCUCACUGCACAGUCUGCCUUUCAAUUGCAUGGUUGGACCAUCACCUAAACUGAUUGACCAAGUAAAUCCACGGCGUUAUAAAGAUACAGAUUUUGCCACUUUCCUUGAAUACAUUUCAUCUUGUGAGCCCAAGAAAAAGAAUUUCUUGGAGUCUAGGAAAUUGACAUGAGCCCAGAAAUUGGAAAGAAAACAAUGUGUGUUGACUUUUGUUAUAGCAUAUUACCAAUUAAUUAUUAGGUAGACAGUAUUAGUUGAAAUGCAUGUAUAUUGUUUAAUUUGAAUUUAUAUUUUGUUUUGUUUUCUUUAGGUCAACUAUAAUGUGAGAAAAAAAAAAAAAACCUUAGCCUGCCUUUACUCUACGUUAUAAAUGCUAGGUUCCAGAAAUAAAGACCAAAGACAAAUGGGGAGUUGUACUAUCAAACAUAAUAAAAUGUAUUCAUAAGCAUGGAUAAUAUCGAAAGAUUUAAUUGGUUUAA